GGCUUUAAAGCCUACAGGCGAACACAUCGUAGAUCUUACGCUCAUCCUAAUUAUCCUCCCUGUGCCGUGAAACUGCUCGGACCUCUUCACACUCGCACAGACACAACUUCGCAUCUUCGCCAGAGUGCUCGGCCUGUCUCCGACCGCAAUGUCCGGUCCGACCUCAUUCCAAUCUCCCUCUCUUCUUCAACCCCCAACUUCCCCUCCCCUCCAGCUUCAAAUCUCACUGCGCAGAGCCAGAAACCCCAUUCCUCACAGCUGCUCCGCCAUCUCCGGCAGCUCAUCACCCGUGGAGUCCUCUCCGUCUCCGCCGACCAUCAUUUUCAUCAAAGGGGUAGCCCUGUCAACCACCGAGGUACGGCUGGAGAGAUCAGCCGAGUGAAAUUCAUAGUGGACAAGAGAACGAAUGAGUCACUGGGAUUCGCCAUGUGUGGUUUGCUAGCGAAGAGUCUGCCCAUUUCGCUGUGGAAGGAAUGAAUGGAAAGGUAUAUCAUUAUUGAAUUCACAUCUGGGAAAACAUAUAUAACCAAGCGUAUGUCUUAUUGAUCAUAGUUGCAUCCAUUUUGGGCUCCAACUUUUGUUUGUGUUUCUAAUCCAGUUCUUUGAUGGGAGGUUCGUCCUAGUUACCAUUGCAACGCCUGGUUCUUGCAAAAUCGUCAGCAAUAGAACAAUAGCUCACUUCAGGUUUUGACUUUUGAUUAUUAGCGGCGAAGGUAAAGUGAG